AUGACCUCUGCUAUUCAGUCCCUCACAAACUCUUAUCCGUACCCCUUCAGGCGUCGUACCCUCGGUCGCGCAGCCUCGCCCCCCACCUGGGCCUGCUACGAGCAGAUCCCAUACGGCGGCGACGACGACGACGACUAUAGCGAGAGCCUCUCAGAGGACGAGUCGUGCUCAGAGGACGGCGAGGACUACACCCGACCCAUACCCGACCCAGACUCGGAUGGCGAACAUCCUGUAUCUACUGCCACCGACAGACAGGAUGACACACAGAACAUGGAGAUCGAUGCCACAGGCGGCGGAGAUGCAGAGAAGAACUCUGCAGAGUUCAAGAAAGACCUAAAGGGAAAGCAGCGUGCUGUAGACCCUGAGCCUCAGCCCACAAAGAGGCGCCACCACACAAAGCAGCGCCGUCCUGUAUAUACUCUUCGCCCCAUCCUCACUAUUCAGAAGAGCCAGGGCUUCGUAUGGAAUCAGGAUCUCUUUGUCCCUCCCUACAUCAAAGACCGCUACGUCGCCUCAACUUCUCCGCCUAACCGUGACGGCUUUAUCUCCAAUUCAUGGUCUUCCACCAGGUCUUCCCUAACUGAUUACGAAGUAGAAGUCGUCGAAAUCCGUGUCAAGGAGGGCGAAUUAUUUGAUAUCAUCCCUUAG